GAAGUAUUUAAGAGAGCCGCAAGCGAUGCUCAUUGCUGGGCGCUCAUCACAGUAAAUAAUUCAAACUUGUACAAUGUUGUCUAAACGAAUCUCUCGAACAUCCGCAGAUCUGGAUGCACCUUGGAGACAUACUCCUCGGUUUCAGAAAUAUGACCCAGUAACGAACACGGAUGGAGUCAUCUCUUUUGCAACUGCAGAAAAUGCUCUUGUUACCAAGGAGCUCGAGCAGUUUGCAAACUCCGGUAAUAUACACAUUCCAGGAGCUGCCUUCAUGUAUGGAUACAGUACUGCCGGUGGACAACGUUUCCCCAAAGCUCUAGCAACACACCUCAACGAGUACUUUCAACCAUAUAAGCCGCUGACUGGAGAUGAUAUCUUGGCAACUGGAACAGCAACAGCGCUUCAUGAAAUUCUAGCUUUCAGCUUCGGCGAUCCUGGUGAUGGUAUUCUCGUCAGCCGGCCAUGUUAUGGACGAUUUGAGCUAGACUUUGGCAACAAAGCAGAGAUGCCUGUGGUCUGGGCUGAUUCCAAUGCGGAGAACUCCUUUAAGCCGGAAGUUGUAAUGUAUAUUGAAGAGAAGCUGCUUCAAUCAAACGCGGCUGGAACCAAAAUCAAGGCCCUCCUCAUCGUCAAUCCGCAUAACCCUCUUGGACGCUGUUAUCCAAGAGAAACCCUUGUUGCUUUAAUGGCGUUUUGCCAGAAGCACCGCAUACACUUCAUCAGCGACGAGGUUUAUGCCUCCACUGUAUUUGACUCAGGAGAGCCCGAUACCCACCCCUUCACAUCCGUGCUUUCCAUUGAUCCAACGGGAAUUAUUGAUCAAGAUCUUGUUCACGUCGAAUAUGGCAUGGCCAAAGAUUUUGGCUCCGCUGGCCUACGUGUGGGCGCCCUAAUUACCCGCAAUGCCGCCCUCCAGAAGGGAUUUCAAAGCGUUAUUCGCUUCCACAGUCCCUCUGGCAUGUCAGUCACCGUGGCAAGCGCUAUGCUUGAAGACAGAGAGUGGUGCAAAAAGUUUCUAGAAACCGCACAGAGACGUAUCUCUGAGGCUUUCAGACUAGUCACGACUGAACUGUCUAAUAUUGGAGUUAAAUAUCUGCGUGGCACGAAUGCUGGUCUCUUCCUUUGGAUUGACUUGUCUCCGUAUCUUCCACCAGAGAGCUCUGGCUUGUCCAAAUCCGAACGAGAGUUUUCUCUAGCUCAGAAAUUGCUUGAUGGCGGAGUUUUUCUUCAUCCUGGUGAGGAGCAUGCUCUUGAGGCUGGCUGGUUUAGGCUGGUCUAUACACAUGACCCUCGCAUGGUACGUGAAGGGAUUAAACGGAUCCACUCCGUUCUUGAUAAACUCUCAUGGUAGUCUCGGAGCUGGCGUCCGGUCAACCCCAUAAUUGCUUAUCAGAGGAGUCAAAGUUAUUUCGGCUAUGAUCGUGAGAUUGGCGGUUUUCUCAUUCCGCAAUAGCUCCUUUUUGCUAUAAGUGCUCCUACCGUCUAGUUCUAGGAUAGUACAGCUGUUGGUAUGAGACAAGAUGAUGGGGGGCUGAAGUAACUCAAUACAAUCAACAAUAACUAUUAUAUGCACU